CCCACAGCCAGCCUCUCGUCUCUUCCCCCCCCUUCGGCCUUUUCUCUUGUUGCGACUCCUUCGCUCCCGCGCGUGUGCCACCCCGCCUCCCCCCCUGCUCAGGAUGUCCAGCCCCCCUGUUUACAUCGUCACCGGUUCCAACAGUGGCGUCGGCCUUGCGCUCGUCCAUCGCCUGGUGCGCGAGCUCCCCCUUCGGACCAAGCAGAAGCCCGUGAUCGUCAUGGCCUGCCGGAGCCGCGACCGAGCCAGCGCCGCGCGCGACGAAGUCAUCGCCCAAAACCCCGAUGCCCAGGUGGAGAUCGGCAUCGUCGACGUCAGUUCCCCGGCCUCGGUGUUCACUUUCUGCAAGUGGUUCCUCUCUCAUUACAACCGCCUGGAUGGGCUCUUUGCCAAUGCCGGCAUCUUCCCGAACACCGGCAUCGCGUAUGGGGUCCUGCCGCGUGCCCUGCUCCGCGGCAUCCCGUACCUGAUGAUGUCCGGCGGGGAGGACCUUGUCAUCCAGCCGGUCGGCCGUGUCACCAAGGACGGCCUCGGCGAGGUGUUCGCCGCCAAUGUCUUUGGGCACUUCAUCAUGGUCCAGGAGUUCGCGCACCUCCUCCAGGCCAACAACGGCCGUGUUGUUUGGACCUCCUCGAGUACCGGCAUGGCGGACAAGUUCUCCUGGAGUGACCCGCAGUGCAUCAAGGGCAACGCUCCCUACCAGUCCAGCAAGUAUGGCGAGGCCCUGCUGAGUGUGGCCCUGAAUGAGCGCCUGGCCCGGUCGUACGGCGCCCCGGGGGUCGGCACCGUGCGGUCCAUCUGUGCCAUGCCGGGCUUCGUCCACUCGCCCAUGGUCAGUGUCUUCAUGCCCAGCUGGCUGUGGCAGGUGGCCAUCAUCUUCAUGGUUUUGGCUCGCUUCAUCUCGCCGGUGGCCAACAUCACCCCGGCGCACGGAUGCGAGGCACACGUCUACUCGGCGCUGGCGCCAAUUGGGGAUUUCACCGCCGACGACGAGGAGCUCAUCUCCUGCACGGCCUUCUCGCCGGAUAGCCACCGGCAUCUGCUCACCGGCGCCGGCGGGCGCGGGUAUGUCGACCGGUCGCGGGUGCAUGUGGCCCGGCCGGCCGGCGUCAGCACCGGCUCCGGCCUCGUGCCGGCCCAGGACCGCGUGGUUCUCACCAAGGAGGCGCAGAACUACUUCCGGUACCUGGUGGACCUGGCCGACGACUUCCGCCAGAAGAACGGCCUCACCCCCAUCGGCGAUAGCACCAUCCCCCAGCCGGCCAACGCGAUUGAGCUGUAGUUCACACACACGCGCGCCCCCCUCCCCCUCCCCCUCCCCCCCCC